GUCUCUCUCUCUCUCUGUCUCUCUCUUUCUAUUUCAAUUGAAUCCUCUGUCUUUUUCAUACCCAAUCUUUGUUUGUUUGUUUCUCCAUUUCUCUGACCCCUUUCCCUCGUUUCCCGCAAUCAUACUCCCAGAAGCUACUGAACCUUCAGAGAAUCGAAACCAGAGACAACCCAUCUCAUCAAAACUCAAUCUCCCAUUUCUCACCUGAGAUAGAUUUCAAUCUUGGGUCUCCCUCUGUACCCUCCAGUAAUGGACUCCUCAUCCCCAAUCCCUCUCCAGCAGACCCCUCUCGCCUCCCCAAAACCCUCCAAGAAAAGCUUCGUCACCUCUCUCAUGGAGGUCGCCACCCUCCGAACCCCUUCCUUCAAGGAAGACACCUACUUGGUCUCCGGUCUCAAGUCCUCGGAGAAGAAGGCGCUCCAGGAGCUCAAGGACAAGCUCAUUGCCUCCGACUCCUGCGAGGGCGCCAUGUGGGGCGUCAAAUUGCUCGCCGGAGACGACAAGGCCGACGUCAUCCUCCUCAAGUUUCUCCGGGCGCGGGAUUUCCGGGUCGCUGACGCUUUCAGCAUGAUAGUCAAGUGCCUGGAGUGGAGGAAGGAGUUCGGAGCGGACGGGGUUGCUGAGGAGGACCUGGGAUUUAAGGAGCUCGAAGGCGUUGUUGCUUACAUGCACGGAUUUGAUAGGUGCGGACACCCUGUGUGUUAUAAUGCCUAUGGAGUCUUCAAGGACAAGGACAUGUACGAGAGGAUUUUCGGGGACGAGGAGAAGCUCAAGAAGUUUUUGAGGUGGAGAGUUCAGGUCCUUGAAAAGGGUAUCAACGUCUUGCAUUUUAAGCCGGGAGGGAUCAACUCCAUCAUCCAAGUCACUGAUCUCAAGGACAUGCCCAAAAGGGAGCUCAGGGUUGCUUCAAAUCAGAUCCUUUCGCUGUUUCAGGACAACUACCCAGAAAUGGUGGCCAGAAAGAUUUUCAUCAAUGUACCCUGGUACUUCAGUGUUCUGUAUUCAAUGUUCAGUCCGUUUCUGACCCAAAGAACUAAGAGCAAGUUUGUGAUAUCCAAGGAAGGAAAUGUUGCAGAGACACUCUACAAGUUUAUUAGGCCUGAGGAUGUUCCCGUUCAGUAUGGUGGACUGAGUCGACCCAGUGAUUUGCAAAACGGUCCUCCCAAACCGGCUUCGGAAUUCACUGUCAAAGGAGGAGAGAAAGUUAACAUUCAGAUCGAGGGGAUUGAGGCUGGUGCAACAAUUACAUGGGACAUAGUUGUUGGAGGGUGGGACUUGGAGUACAGUGCUGAGUUUGUGCCAAGUUCACAAGGAAGCUACAUUGUUGCCGUGGAGAAGCCGAGAAAAGUCGCACCAUCUGAAGAAGCAAUCCACAACUCCUUCACUCCAAAAGAAGCCGGAAAAAUGGUAUUCUCAGUUGACAACUCUGCUUCCCGGAGAAAAAAGGUUGCGGCGUACCGCUACAUUGUCAGGAAAUCUGCCUCUGUCUAGCUAAGCUUAACUCCAGUUAUGAUAUAAUUAGUAGUGUAAGGCUUGUUGUAUUUUGGUUUCAGAUGUCCUUUUUGAGGUUAUGAACCUUGUUUUAGUCUAAUACUAGUGUAAUGUAUAAGAAUGGUGGUUUUUAUCUUGUGGAAAGCAUGGUAACUUUGGUUACCCAAGUCUAAAAUACUGUUUAUCAACAUGAGAAAGAGGGACAUUGUAAUGUCUUGGUCACUCGGUAUUGAAGGAAGAGCUUUUGCUUUUGUUUU